AUGGCCUUCUCUGAACGCGUUGAGGGUGAGUCUGUCGAGCCUGGCACGUCUGACAAACGACCCAGGCGAGCAUCCAAGUAUCCAGACAUACACAAGAUCAUGAACGCGCUUUACAACAGACCCAACAAAGUUCCGCACUACCAGCGACUCUUCCAGGCCAACCCGGAGGUUCCAGUGUACAUGAAGACACCCAAGUCAAAGAUCAUGCUUUACCCAUUCUUUGCUAUGUUUGGCGUCGGUGUUCUCGGUGCAUUCUACGGUAUUCAGAAGAUGGCCCGUGGUGUCAAAGACUAG